AAGAGGAGGAGUGGAGAGGAAGAGCGGGAGGCGAGAGUCAUUUCCUGGGCUGGGCAGCCAGUGAGGAUCGGGGCUCAGUCAGUCAGUCGCUCGCCGCCGCCGCCGCCAUGCCCAAUAUCGUGCUGUUCAGCGGCAGCUCGCACCGGGACCUGUCUCAGAGGGUGGCCGACAGGCUGGGCCUGGAGCUGGGCAAAGUGGUGACCAAGAAAUUCAGCAACAAGGAGACGUGUGUGGAAAUUGGGGAGAGUGUGCGAGGUGAAGAUGUGUACAUCAUCCAAAGUGGCUGCGGGGAAAUCAACGAUAAUUUAAUGGAACUAUUAAUAAUGAUAAAUGCCUGCAAGUUUGCAUCGUCAUCUCGAGUCACUGCAGUUAUUCCUUGCUUUCCCUAUGCGAGGCAAGACAAGAAAGACAAGAGUCGAGCCCCUAUUUCUGCUAAGCUCGUGGCCAACAUGCUAUCAGUUGCUGGAGCAGAUCAUAUUAUCACCAUGGACUUGCACGCUUCCCAAAUACAGGGUUUCUUUGACAUCCCUGUGGAUAACUUGUAUGCGGAACCAGCAGUACUGCGGUGGAUAAAGGAAAAUAUCCCAGAGUGGAGGAACUCUAUAGUUGUGUCCCCAGAUGCUGGUGGAGCAAAGAGGGUGACAUCAAUUGCAGAUAGGCUGAAUGUUGAAUUUGCUCUCAUCCAUAAGGAAAGGAAAAAGGCAAAUGAGGUGGACAGAAUGGUGCUUGUUGGUGACGUUGUAAACAGAGUCGCCAUUCUUAUAGAUGACAUGGCCGACACAUGCGGAACCAUUUGUCACGCUGCUGAUAAGUUGAUGAGUGCUGGCGCGACCAAAAUCUAUGCAAUCCUCACCCAUGGUAUAUUUUCUGGCCCUGCUAUUAGUCGAAUAAGCAAUGCUGCUUUUGAAGCUGUUGUUGUAACAAACACCAUUCCACAAGAAGGAAAGAUGAAUGUUUGCUCAAAGGUUCAGGUGAUUGAUAUAUCUAUGAUCCUAGCUGAGGCAAUUCGAAGAACCCACAAUGGUGAAUCCGUAUCGUAUCUCUUCAGCCAUGUUCCAUUGUAAGCUGACAGGAUUCGCCCAUCCUGCAUUUGUACUGGACUAAAUAUCGGUCAACUUUUCUGAGCAAUUUGUCACUUUUCACAGGAAUAUGCAGGCAGGUCCUUGCUGCCUUGCACCACAAACAUCCACACUUGCAAACUGAAGGUAUGGAAAAUAGCCAUUUAAUAUGUAAUGGACUGGAUUUUACUUCUCAACCAACACCAUCUCUGCAAGGAAAAAGAUGUGCUGUGUCCUGACUGCAGGGGUUCUGUUUUUGUACUUUGUUAGAACCGUAAGCUCUUGACGUGAAUUUCUAUGAAAUUUUGCACAUGUUACAGGUUAUGUGGCUUUUCAACACUUCGCCGAUUAAUUGCUUGCGGUUGUAUGCUGAUUAUUUUUAUGUGAAACUAAUAUGGAGAGAGAGAAAAGUCAUAUUUGAGAUGCAGCAUGAUAAUUCUUAACAUACAUUCCAUUAGAUUAUUAACAACUGAUUUGUACACUCUGGUAUGAUCAGCUAUUUGCAUUGUGCAGUAACAUGAAACUGGUCCGAUUAUGCUAUUUUAAAGUGAAAAAUGAUUGAAUUUUAAACCAAAUUGCUUUGUGGCUUAAAUAAAAUCUCUGAAGAAAAGGGUUA